AUGACAACAUUGGCGGCGUGGAAAGAGGAUGCAGAGAAGGAUGGGACGUUGUGCGCGACACGAACUGCUGAUGAUGGCGGGCCAAAAAUCGUGCAUGUAGCUAUGACAUGGGUGGUGGGCCGCGGUGUAACGUCACGCCUAAGACACCGGCCCGAUGAGUGGUUCAGUCUGCUAUUAGACGCCAGGUCUGCAUUCGUUUUCGCGUCUUCACCGACAAUCCAAUCGUCGAAGAUAAGGCAAGCAAGCAAGGUAGCAUGGCAGGUUCCCCCACUGGCUCGUCCCGAGUCAAGCACCGCUAAAUGCACAAAUUUUUUCUGGACCACACCAACUCGCAGGAGUCCACUUACAGACAGGCGCAUUCACAUAGCUGUUUUCGCAGCCAGUUACCUUGCGUUCCGUCACUGUAGCAGAUACCACGGAGAGAAUAGGACCCGAGAAUGGCUAGUCGACGCCUAUCAACAAUUCAGACUUUUCCAUUCCAAACCAUUUUUCAGCAUUUCCCAAGAUUUAUCAUAA